CAAACUCCAUUGACUUCUUGCAAGCUCAGUACUACACUUCUACUUCUACUUCACAGAAGCCCUGCAAUUUUUUUACAUGAAUGGCUUAGAGCAUAAAUUUAGAUGAACCCAUCACCAAAUAUCAAUAUUAUAGUCAUUGCAUUGACUUGGCCUUUUUUUUUAUUUAAUUGUUAAUCUAUUAUUAGCAGUCAUUGUUCCUGCUUUCAGGUUACACCACCAUUGAUACAAACAUUUAGGAGGUAAUUAACUAAAUGCUAAUCUUGAAGAAGACAGCCAUAAUGAAGGGCGCUGGUGACAGCCAUAGCUUCAAUUACUUCCCCAUACUUCUCGUAUCUAUUACUUUUCUUUCAGUGACAUUCUUUGGAUUUGUUUUGUACAAUGAACACACAACGAUAUUGUCUAAACACCAAGAGAUUAUACAAGCCAACAAAGAAAGUGAUCAGGGCAUUAAAAGAUGUGACAUCUUCAGUGGAGAGUGGGUUCUAGAUAAUGUGACUCACCCUUUAUACAAAGAAAAUGAAUGUGAGUUUCUAACGGAUUGGGUGAGAUGUUUGAGAAAUGGGAGGCAGGAUUCUCUGUAUCAGAACUGGAGAUGGCAGCCCAGAGAUUGUUUUUUGCCCAAGUUUGAUGGAAAAUUACUGCUAGAUAAGCUUCGAGGAAAGAAGCUCAUGUUUGUUGGAGACUCCUUACAUUAUAACCAGUGGCAGUCCAUGGUUUGUAUGGUUCAAUCUGUUGUGCCUCCGGGCAAGAAGAGCGUCAGCUAUCCUUCAACCUACAUUUACAGAUUCAGAGCAGAGGACUAUAAUGCUUCUAUUGAGUUUUACUGGGCACCCUUUUUGGUUGAGUCCAGUGCGGAACCUCCAAAUAUGAGAGAUGGCAAAAGGGACGCCAUGAUCAUGCCUGAAUCAAUCUCAAAGGGUGGAGAUAUUUGGAAGGAGGCUGACUACCUCAUUUUUAACACAUAUAUUUGGUGGAUUAAAUCUCCAACUAUGAAAGUGUUACGAGGAUCGUUCGAUGAAGGUGCCACAGAGUAUGAUGAAAUCAAUGUGUACACAAUAUAUGAUAGAACUUUGAGGACAUGGGCAAAGUGGGUUGAGGAAAAUGUUGAUCCAAAUUCAUCUGUUUUUUUCAGCAGCAUGGCUCCCCAACAUAUCAGGAGUUUAGAUUGGAACAACCCAGAAGGGAUCAAGUGCGCAAAGGAAACAACACCAAUUCUAAACAUGUCAAUGCCAGCAAAUGUUGGCACAGACCAUAAGCUCUUUGAGAUUGCAGCAAAUGUGACUCAAUCAAUGAAGCGGCCUGUCCAUUUCCUCAAUAUAACCACCCUCUCUGAAUACAGGAAAGAUGCACAUACCUCCAUCUAUGGUUCUUCUGCUAAACACAAUUCGGACUCUCCAGACGCGAAGAUCGAUCCUGAUUGUGUUCAUUGGUGUCUCCCUGGAUUGCCAGACACAUGGAAUGAGUUCAUCUAUACACAAAUCAUCUUCAGCUAUUAAACUCCUAUUGAUGAUAUUCUUUUUGUUAAUUUUUUCAGUCAUUCUAGAUUAUGCCUGCAACUACUAAUUGCCAUUAGUUGGCAUUCAACAAUUGUAAAUGAAU